UACCACCUCGAAAGCUUGACGCUUUAUAUAUUGGUUAUCUUCUGUAGUGAUCGAUGGGGGAGGGGAAAACUCGUGAACAGAUUACUUGGCAAAAAUUUGUCUAACAAAUAAGAAAUUGGAAAUCUAAACCAGGUUUGAUAUUGUUACUCGAUUGUCGUCGAACGUCACACAUUACUCCGAUUUCAUAUCAUAUAAGAGCGUAGACCUCUGGUAACCUCUGUCUUGGGCAACUAAAUUGCCCAGCGAUUCUAAUCAGAACAUUCACUUAAGUGAAAAUUCGAAUGAUGGACGAAUUGAAUUUUAUACCUCAGCCGUAUUGCUCUUAACUGGAAAAAAUCGCGGCAUGUGUAGAAAAGAAAUUGACAGUCCUUGGUCUUGGUUGGUUUGUUUCUGUGCAGUUGUUAUGAUCGCCAUAAUGUUUGGAAUUUCGCUCAACUUUGGAAUUCUGUUUCCAGUUUUAAUGGACUACUUUGAAGAGUCACGCGAAAGGACAGCUUGGGUUGGCUCAGUGGGAAUAGCCUUCAUAUUUGUCCUUGGACCUUUGACCAGCAUGUUAGUGAAUCGUCUUGGCUGCCGUUUAACAGCCAUGCUGGGUGGUUUAUCAGGAUCCAUUGGUUUGCUACUCUCUUCUUUUGCUUCUAGUAUUUAUGUUUUGUAUGGGACUUAUAGUGUUCUGUUUGGAUUUGGAAGCAGUUGCAUUUUUGUCUCAUCUUAUGCGGUAACAUCACAGUACUUCAAAAGGAACCGAUCUUUAGCAACUGGCAUUCUUGCAUCAGGAACAGGCCUCGGUGUUCUUGGCAUAGCACCAGUUCUUCAAGGUUUGUUGGACUCCUUUGAUUGGAGGAAAACUUAUCGUCUAACUGCUGCUAUUUAUUCAGCUGUUUGCAUUCUUGGUCUCACAUUUAGUCCAGCUUUAGCAAAGAAGGAGAAAAAUGCAGCUGAGAAAGAAAGUGAGAGACUUGAAGACUUGGAUGAAGAGGAAGGAAGAAGAAUAGAAAUAUGCAACAAGUGGAUAGACUUCUCUGUCUUUAAGGACAAGGUGUUUGUAGUUCUAACACUUUCAAUGUCAGUAGCCUUUAUAGGGCACCACGCCCCAAGGUUACACCUGGUGAGAUUCUCAGAGGGCCUCCAUGUUUCAGCUGAUGCUGCCUCAAGGCUUUUUAUUUACAUUGGUAUCACAACAUUCUUAGGCCGCCUGCUCAGUGGAAUCUUGUGUAACAUACGGGCCAUAAAUCCCCUCCAUGUGUUCAUGCUUGGUUUUAUAUUGGAUGGCUCAUCUGUUAUUUUGCUCAUCCAGGCCAAAAACUAUGGGCAUCUAAUGGCAUUUUCUUUCUUGUAUGGCUUGGCAGAUGGAUUUGAAAUAGGCACAUUUAACAUUUGCAUGCUAGGUAAUUACACAGAGCCUAGGAAAAGAGCAUCUGCUUUUGGCUUAAGUGCUAUCUUCUAUGGAACAAUGACUGCAGCUGGGCCUCCCUUAGCAGGUUUUAUGGCAGAUCAUCUCCACACUUAUGUGCCAUCUUUCAUCUUGGCUGCGGUGGUAGAGUUAACAGCAGCAGCACUGACUUUAAUCCUUGUUUGUGACAAAAAGGAGAUGAACCAUAAACUAAGCGAACGUACUGAGAUCGAAGAAGACAAUCGAAGUGAACAUCUGAGACCAGUGCUGUGGGAGACAACUUUGUAAAGAUAACAAACUUGGAAGAAAACUAUGCUGGCUACUUCUCCAGCAAUUAUAGUCGACGAAACCUGCAAAAAUUUUCAGGCGAUGGGUCUAAAAACGCAGACCACGGUUGGUGGGUCACUGGUCUCGAGCUACUGUUUGGUAAUUGUUCAUUUCAACGCUGUAAAAAAAAAUGGAAGGUAAUCGAAUAACAACAGAACCUAUUUUGCAACACAAUAGGUAUAUGAGUAUGAGAGCGAUCUUCGCAGUAAUGAACACUAUUUUGAGCAGUAGUGAAAAUGAGGCCUGAAAAA